AUGCACGUCCUUCCACUCCACCCCCUCAUGCUCCUCGCCUGCCAUCACCGCCGACUCCGGCUGCCGCCGCUCCUCCGCGGGCUCGUCGCACCGCUGAAGAAGAAGAAGCUCGGCCUGGGCGGAACGACCGUCGAAGCUAUGCUCAGCUCACUCCACCACCACCACUCCGACGACGACGACGACACCGACAACAACAAUGGCAACAAGAACGGCAGCAGCAGCAACAGCGGCGGCGGCGUCCUCGCGGCGGCGGUGCCGUCCUCGCGGGACCUCGUGCUGGCCUGCGCCGACCUGCUGCAGCGCGGGGACCUCCAGGCCGCGCGCCGCGCCGCGGGGGUCCUCCUGUCCGCGGCGUCCCCGCGCGCGGACGCCGCCGACCGCCUCGCCUACCACUUCGCGCGCGCGCUCGCGCUCCGGGCGGAUGUCAGGGCCGCCGCCGCGGGCCGCAUCGUCGCCCCGGGCUUGGUGGCCGCCGCUACUUCCUCCGCCGCCGCGUGGCCGGCGUCGUCUGGCGCCUACCUCGCGUUCAACCAGAUCGCGCCCUUCCUGCGCUUCGCGCACCUGACGGCGAACCAGGCCAUCCUCGACGCCGUCGAGGGCGCGCGCCGAAUCCACAUCCUCGACCUGGACGCCGCGCACGGCGUGCAGUGGCCGCCUCUCCUGCAGGCGAUCGCCGAACGCGCCGACCCGGCCGCGGGACCGCCGGAGGUGCGCAUCACCGGCGCCGGCGCCGACCGGGACACCCUCCUCCGCACCGGCAGCCGCCUCCGCGCCUUCGCCCGCUCCAUCCAGCUCCCCUUCCACUUCACGCCGCUCCUGCUCUCCUUCGCCGCCACCCAUCAUCAUCAGCAGGUCGCCAGCGCGAGCACCACGACGACCACAUCGAGCGCGGCCACGAGCCUGGAACUGCACCCGGACGAGACGCUGGCCGUCAACUGCGUCAUGUUCUUGCACAAGCUAGGCGGGCAGGACGAGCUUGCCGCCUUCUUGAAGUGGGUGAAGGCCAUGGCCCCCGCCGUGGUGACCGUCGCGGAGAGGGAGACAAUCGGCGGGGGUUUCGACCGCAUCGACGACCUGCCCCAGCGGGCCGCGGUUGCCAUGGAUCACUACUCGGCUGUGUUCGAGGCGCUCGAGGCGACUGUGCCGCCGGGGAGCCGGGAGCGGCUAGCGGUGGAGCAGGAGGUGCUCGGCAGGGAGAUCGACGCCGCGCUGGGUGCCUCCGGUGGGAGGUGGUGGCGCGGACUCGAACGGUGGGGAGCAGCGGCGGGCGCCGCCGGAUUAGCGGCGCGGCCGCUCAGCGCGUUCGCCGUGUCGCAGGCACGGCUGCUGCUGCGGCUGCACUACCCGUCGGAGGGCUACCUCGUGCAGGAGGCGCGCGGCGCGUGCUUUCUUGGGUGGCAGACGCGGCCACUGCUGUCCGUGUCGUCGUGGCAGUAG